AUGGAGAAAAUCCACAGCAGCAAACCCAAUCUAAAGGUGAAGAGCAGCACCCAAUCCGCGCUAGUUUCAGGGAGGACUGCCGCUGCAAGGGGAACGAGAAAAGAGGAGGUCCCCAGUGAGAAAGCAAAGACGAGCCCUCCGACUCCGAAGGCUUGCUGGAAAGAGAACACGAAACCCCAAGAGUUCAAGCUCCAUUCUCAAGAAAGAGCCAUCAAGCGUUCCAUCUUCAACUAUUUCGUGGCAACCAAAAUAUAUGUUGAGGAGCAUGAGAAACGGCAACUAGACAAGCUGCAAAAGAUGAUCGAAGAAGAAGAAGUGAAGUCGUUGAGGAAGAAAAUGGUCCCCAGAGCCCAAUUGAUGCCUUUCUUCGACCGACCAUUCUUCCCACAAAGAUCAAACAGAGCGCCCACAAUGCCAAAAGAGCCGCGUUUCAACAACACCAACUGCAUGAUGAGUUGCGUUUCUGAGAAUGAGAUAAUGUUCCACUUUCAUCGUCAACCUUAUUAUUAA